AUGGCAUUGUUUGGUGCCGCACAGUCUCGCGUAGAUGACGAGCGCAAUCACUUCGUCGAGGCCAUAGGGAAUCGCGAAAACGACAUCCGACAACUGGCAACUGCGCAUCAUCCAAAUGCCUUGCCAUGCGAGUUAUUCCGUCUGCCCGGAUCCAGAGGCUUUAUGGCACGCGGAACUUUCAAUAUCUGCUUCUUUGUACAAUUCCCUACAGGCGAACGAUGGGUCGUUCGAAUCCCAUUGCGACCCUGCCUAGCAGUCUCCGCGCGAAGCAAGCUAGAGAGCGAGAUUGCCACCAUGUCGUCAGCUCCCUCCAUCUGCCCAUGUGUUUUUGUUGGCAUACUGACUCGUGUUAGACUUGUAACAGAAAGGACGACGAUUCCCAUUCCCCAAAUUGUCGGGUAUUCCCUAGCCGAGACGUGCGAUCCUCUGUCCACAUACAUUAUCAUGGAAUAUGUUGAGGGGGGGACUCUUUCUAUGGAUCGACUACGCAGCGCAACCGCCUCACAGAGGGACAACUUGUACAAAUCUCUAGCCAAAGUCUAUACACAGCUCAGACGGCUGGAGUUCCCUGCCAUUGGAAGGCUCGGUCAAUGUACAGACGGGUUUGAAGUAUGUCGAAGAGCCCUGACUAUAGAUAUGAAUGGUCUGCAGAUCGAGGGACUUGACCCAUUUUCCACGCAAGCCUCAUAUCACGACAAGAAUGAUUCGCUAGUUUCAGCAAAUGACUACAUCGCCAUGAGAUUACAAAUCAGCUGGAACGCUUUUUUAAAAGGUCGAAACAGUAUCGAACAAGGCAUGGCCGCUAACGUUUUAUAUCAUCUGCAACUGUUUUGUAAACAUGUUGAGAAGUGGAAAGACCCAGCGCUCGAUCGGGGCCCUUUUGUCUUGACCCAUGGCGACCUUGGGCCGCAGAACCUCAUCGUUGAUGACACCCUAGAAAUCAAAGCCGUCAUUGAUUGGGAAUGGAGCCGUGUAGUACCCGUGCAACUUUUCACUCCGCCUCUGUGGCUCACCUGUCGAGAUACUCCUUACGUGACUGCGCCUAAUUCUUACAAACUCUAUCUGAAGAAGGCCUUGUUGAAUUUUCUUGAAGCCGUGAGGACACAAGAACUGAGCACAUUUGGCGAAGACCGACUGUUUGAGGAGUGGACCUCGAGAAAGGAUAAUGCCGAACCUCUUGUGGCCAAUGCUUUGGAGAACUGGACCGAUAUUGACUGGUUCGCCUACCUGUAUUUAAGUAAAGGCGACGAUGCAAAGUUAGAGGAAGACGUCAGAUCCUUUAUUGAAGCUGACCCCAUCCGGGGCCUCAUCACUCGAAUGAAAGAAGACGACACCAUCGCCUACGUGGAGGAGAUGCAGCAGCUUGAAGAUGUUAAAGCGCGAUCCGCUAUGCCCGACAAUCGUGUUACAAUUUCAAGGCUGGCUGAUUGGAUGUCAUCAGAGCACAUGAAGUUGUGGACCAUGCAAAGCUUACCGCUUUUUGCAGGGGCAAGUAUUGUUUUUGUUGGUGGACUAUUGGUAGGAAGGAAACUGGAGGCUAUCCCCAGGCUUGUAGCAGGUUUAUCUCUUUCUGUAUCUCGUCUUGUCUCUGGGUCAGCUCCAUGA